CACCUUUUACCUACUAGGCAUUAAGUAGCCGGUCUCUGCAUGUGACUUAGAUGUCCUGUAAGUCCUUGAAUGCAACAGGAUCAGCAGCUGACAAGUUCACUUUACUGCAGGGUGUGCAUGUCACUCAGUCAGCCUUCGGCAGGACACAUAGGGGAUUGAAGAACACCAGUAAGAAUGCAGGCUAACGACCUCUUCCGGAAUCUGAGAAUUCCAGAGCUUGGGGACUUCAGGCAAUAUGUGCGAACGCUCCCCACUAACACCUUGAUGGGCUUUGGAGCGUUUGCUGCUCUUACUACUUAUUGGUACGCUACAAGACCCAAGGCACUGAAACCCCCGUGUGAUCUGGCCAUGCAGUCUGUGGAAGUACAGGGUGGUGAGGGAGCUCGCAGAUCUGCCCUUCUGGAUACUGAUGAAGUGCUCACGUAUUACUAUGAUGAUGUUAGAACCAUCUACGACAUUUUCCAAAGAGGCGCUAGAGUUUCAAAUAAUGGGCCUUGUUUAGGGCAUAGGAAACCAAAUCAGCCAUAUGAAUGGAUUUCUUAUCAAGAGGUGUUGGAUAGGGGAGAGUAUGUAGGAUCUGCUCUGCUGCACCGAGGCUUCAAACCUUCAUCUGAACAGUUAAUUGGCAUUUUUGCCCAAAACAGACCAGAGUGGACGAUCGUCGAGCUGGGUUGCUACACGUACUCCAUGGUGGCUGUUCCUCUGUAUGAUACACUGGGUGCUGAGGCAAUCACUUACAUCAUAAAUAAAGGUGAAAUCUCUCUUGUAUUCUGCGACACCCCUGAGAAGGCAAAAGUGUUGCUGUCCAAUGUUGAAAAGGGUGAUACUCCAGUCCUAAAAACAAUCGUUCUCAUGGAACCAUUUGACAGUGAUCUUGUAGAGAGAGGGCAAAAGUGUGGCGUGGAAGUGAUCAGCCUGAAAGACAUAGAGAAUGAGGGGAAGGCAAACCGAGUGGCGCCAAAGCCUCCACAACCAGAAGACCUAGCAGUCAUUUGUUUCACUAGUGGUACAACAGGAAAUCCAAAGGGAGCGAUGAUUACACACAAGAACAUUGUGAGCAACAGCGCAAGCUUUAUGAAAGUAACGGAGAGCUUGCUUACUCUGAACACCAGUGAUAUACACAUUUCCUAUUUGCCUCUGGCACACAUGUUUGAAAGACUGGUCCAGUGCGUUGUGAUUUGUCAUGGGGCUCGGAUUGGUUACUUCCAAGGAGACAUCAGAUUGCUAAUGGAUGACUUGAAGGCCUUACAACCCACAAUUUUCCCUGUAGUGCCCCGGCUCCUGAACCGUAUGUUUGACAAAAUCUUCGGACAGGCUAAUACUCCUAUGAAGCGGUGGAUGUUGGAGUUUGCCUCCAAAAGGAAAGAAGCAGAACUGCGCAGCGGCGUUAUACGAAACAAUAGUUUUUGGGAUAAACUCAUAUUUCACAAAGUUCAGGCCAGCCUUGGCGGAAAGGUGCGGCUAAUGGUAACUGGAGCAGCGCCUGUUUCUCCCACCGUGUUGACGUUCUUGCGUGCGGCGUUGGGUUGUCAGUUUUACGAAGGUUACGGUCAGACGGAAUGCACAGCCGGGUGUUCUCUGACUAUUCCUGGAGACUGGACUGCCGGUCACGUGGGGGCACCAAUGCCCUGCAAUCAUUUGAAGCUUGUCGAUGUGGCAGAAAUGAACUAUUUUGCAGCUAAAGGAGAGGGUGAAGUUUGUAUCAAAGGGUCGAAUGUGUUUCAAGGCUAUUUAAAAGAUGAUGAGAAGACUGCAGAAGCUUUAGACGAGCAUGGUUGGCUGCACACUGGCGAUAUUGGAAAGUGGUUACCAAAUGGUACAUUAAAGAUCAUUGACCGGAAAAAGCACAUAUUUAAAUUGGCUCAGGGAGAAUACAUAGCCCCUGAAAAAAUUGAAAAUGUAUACGUACGAAGUGAAGCUGUGGCCCAGGUUUUUGUGCAUGGAGAAAGUUUACAGGCUUUCUUGGUUGGAAUUGUGGUGCCAGAUCCAGAAAAUGUGAUGAACUGGGCAAAAAAGAGGAGAUUUGAAGGAUCUUAUGAAGAUCUCUGUAAAAACAAGGAUUUUAAAAACGCUGUCCUAGAAGAUUUUCUGAAACUUGGAAAAGAAUCUGGUUUGAAAAGCUUUGAGCAAGUCAAAGAUAUUGUUUUGUAUCCAGAAAUGUUUUCAGUUGAGAACGGCCUUCUGACACCUACACUGAAAGCAAAGAGACCAGAGCUCAGAAAGUACUUCAAGACGCAGAUUGAGGAAUUGUACGCCAACAACAAAGUAUAAUUUAAGAGAACAGCUGGAGUGCCCAAACUGAAUUUGUCACCGGUUAGCUAUUCACAACAGCAAACAAAAGGAUACUGGCCAUAGGAAUAGUGCAAAGACAUGCCUAAAAUGCCUUACUGCUCACCUGCAGCUUUGCACGGUGGUCUCGAGUCUUUGAGUAGGCCUUAAAAUGUGAAGGACAGCUAGGUGUGUAUACAUUACCUUGACUUCCCUAACACAACAGUAAUUCUCUGAAAUCUGUGUAUUUUUAGCCUCGAAUUGUAUGCUUCUUAUCAGUUUAUCAGGUGUUUUGUUACAAGUUGACUGAGCCAACUGUAAUUCAACGUAUCAAAUGGCAUAUGUGAGGAACUUCUGUGGAACGUGCUGUAAAAUAGGUUUGAAUAGGUUUUGAAGUUUUUUGGAUUUGCAAAGAACACUAUGUGGAUGAUUCUUCUUAAAAAUAGAAAACACAAUUCUCUCAAAUUUGGGGUAGGUUGUACAUACACGAAGGAAAGCAUGCAAGGCAUCAUUUCUUUGCAAAUCGCCAUCAGAUCUAGUUUUACUUUUUUGUUUGUACACUGUAUGCUGAAUUAAUAUUAACACGAAAUUAGUCAUUUUAAACUGAUAAUAUUUUGACCACUGUUUUAUAAAAAAAAAAAUGAAAAACCAAAAACAUGCCAGAAUAACUAUAUUUGAAAUUUAGAAUGUUAUUACUCCCAUAAUUUCCGAUUUUCCCUCUUGUCAGAAAGCUGCUAGGUCUUAUUUCCCCUUACCAGACUCUAUAAGCUUAAGUCUUUAUAAGUGCAAUUAUUGCUGGUAUUCUGAAUAGUUGGAGACAGAAGAGUAUCUGAUAUAUAUUUUGUGGGGUAAAAGGGAAAUGUUCUACACCACCACCACCUUUUAAUGGUUUUAGGUUGUCUUUUCACAAUCGUAACUGCAGGUCACAAGGGAGUUGUAACAAAAACAAGCACAACAAUGGUUUGCACUAAAGCCCUGUGUGAUUCCAAUGCACUGUAGACUAGGGUGAUCUCAUUUAUAUCAAAGUAACUGCACAAAGUAUCUUUUUAUCCAGACUAAAUUGUGACUAUUUACAUGGAAAUGUUUGCUAAACGGUGUGGAUCUUUGUUGUACAAACCAAAUGCUCUCAGUCCUGUUUCCUUGUACAUCUGUCAGAGUAAAAAUGUAAUGUAUAAAAUGAUGAAGGAAACCAAAUAAACAAUUAUGAUAUUGUAAA